GUGCUUUUCGUUGCUCCUGGUCAAGCGUUAAUUGUUUGCUUGAACUGUUUGUUUAUUGCAAUUUGUCUUCUAAUCCCCUGAGACUACCCCCUCUUCCAUCCGCUGGACGGGGCGCUAUCUAUGCCGUAGCUUCCUAGAGCUGACGACAGCGCCUAUUUCGUCACCUUACUUACAACCCCAACUAUCGAGCAUAACAACCCCUGUCUGAACGGAGCGCAGGUCUGCUCCUUUAAGCGACCAUGGCUGAAGCAGGGUCACGACAGCCCAAUCUGAACCUCACGCCCGAGGAGAAACGGGUCUUUUUUCAGCUCUUUCAGGCCGCGGAUACGACUAACCUGGGUGUCAUCACGGGUGAAGUCGCCGUGCCGUUCUUCGAGAAGACUAGGCUUCCUCCGGAGCAUCUCGGUUUGAUUUGGCAGAUCGCAGACAGAGAGAACAGGGGUCUUCUGACCCCUUCUGGCUUUGGAGUCGUGUUGCGAUUGAUUGGACAUGCUCAGGCUGGUCGUCCACCGACAGAGGAAUUGGCGGUGCAGCCCGGACCGUUGCCUAUAUUCGAUGGUAUUGUGGUAGACAAUUCCAUCCCCACCGGCCGUGAUGUUGGCACCACAAGUCCUCCGCCAUCUGCUGGUGGCCCGAUCCGUGUGCCUCCGUUGAACCCCGAGGACGUUAACAAAUUCACAUCUUUGUUUGACAAAUCGGACGUGGCAAGGAGUGGUAUUCUUCCGGGCGAAACGGCCAAGCAGAUCUUCGAACGCGCAAGACUACCGAACGAGAUCUUGGGACGGAUAUGGAAUCUGGCAGACACGCAACAACGAGGCGCUCUUGAUGCGACCGAGUUCAUUAUCGCCAUGCACUUUCUUACCUCCUACAGGUCGGGCAUCAUGAAAGGCAUCCCUCAGACGCUGCCUCCAGGUCUGUACGAUGCUGCCGCACGAAGAGGAUCGCGGUCGUCCAUGGGCUCACGGGGCUUGGACGUCCCUCCUGUGCCCGCUAUUCCCAGACAGUUCACUGGACCGCAGCGCACCCAGAGUCCGCUCAGUAGACAGACGUUCCCGCAACCUCUUACAGCGCAAGGCACAGGUGGUGGUGUGGAAUGGCUCGUCACUCCUCAAGAGAAAGUACACUUUGACAGUAUCUUCAACACCGUCGAUACCGCAAAGCUUGGGAUGAUCACCGGUGACCAGGCUGUCGCAUUCUUCAUGAACGCCCAUUUGCCUGAAGAUGUUCUGGCCCAGAUCUGGGAUCUCGCAGAUAUCGACGCUGAUGGCCAGUUGACGAAAGAUGAGUUUGCGGUUGCCAUGUACCUUGUCCGACAACAGCGCACUGGACAAGAACCGUUGCCGCAGACACUCCCGCUUGCCCUGAUUCCUCCCAGUAUGCGUCGCCCAGGUACUGCACAGAUGGCUCCCGCUGUCGCACAGGUCCCGGCUCCCGCUCCGACUCCCGGUCCCCUUCCUGCUGUUGCUGCUGCUCCUUCGCCGCGGACUGCUGCUGAUGAUCUCUUUGGUCUUGAUUCGCCGGCUGCACCUGCGGCCCCUUCACAGAUUCCUCAAUCUACCGGAGGAUCCAACGUCCCGUUCCCCGCUCCUGCGUCUCCGAAAGCGUCCCCUCCGGGUACGUCCACUACGUUCAAGCCCUUUGUUCCAACAUCAUCCUUUGGUCAGAGCUUGCAGCCGCAAAUGACUGGCGGCCCGCCGCCUGUCCGGUCUCCGCCACCGCCAGCUGAUGAUCUCCUGGGAGACAACGACCCGGAAGAAUCAAAGAAGCUGACCAACGAGACUACUGAACUCGCAAACCUGUCCAACCAGAUUGGUUCGUUGGCGACUGAGAUGCAGAACACUCAGACGAAGCGUACAUCCGCCGAGCAGGACCUGUCUCAGAGCUCACAGCAAAAGCGCGACUUUGAGGUUCGACUUGCCCAGGCACGGACGAUGUACGAGCAGGAGGUCAAAAACUACAAGGCUAUAGAGGAGCGCUUGAAUACCUCCAAGUCAGAGACCUCGAAGGUUCAACAGGAGUAUGCGUUGAUCGAGAGUAGCAGACAGGACUUGCAGAACCAAUAUGAUCAGGUGUCUGCUGCACUCACUGCUGAUCAGCAGGAAAAUACAAGCUUGAAGGAAAAGAUUCGUCAAGCUAAUGCCAUCGUCGCUCAGCUCAAGCCUGCCCUCGAAAAGGCCCGUUCUAGCGCACGUCAACAGAAGGGUCUUGUUGCUAUUAACAAGAAGCAGCUUGCUACUGUGGAAGGCGAACAGGAUAAGAUCCGGGGUGAGAUCGACGACCUCUCCAAGGACUCUGAGCGAGAGUCUGCUGCAAGCCCAGCUUCUGAAGCUGGUGCCGCCGCCGCCGCCGCCGCCGCCGCUGCUGCUAUUCCCGCGGUGCCAACACCACCACCCCAGGUGUCAACCCCUGCAGAGUCCACCACAAGCCAGAACACAAACCCGUUCUUCAAGCGGACUGCGACUGGAUCCAGUGGCAAUGAAAGCCGUCCCAUCUCGCCUGCAGUCUCGAAUGACCAGCGAAGUGCGUUCGAUAACCUUUUCGGGCCUUCCUUUGCACCACCUCCUGGUGCUACUCCUCCCCCGCCAGUUUCCUUCGGUGCCGAGUCUCCUUCGGUGCAACAAACCACUGCCAAGUCCCCUGUGGGAUCCGGAGCUCCCACUCCCUCGGUGUCCCCUCCUGCCGUGCUGACCGAACCUCCGGCGCCGGCUGAGUCCAGGCAGAUCACCCCCAGCGCCCUUCCCUUUGGUGAGCCCCAGUCGGUGACUUCUUCGACCAAGGUGUCGCCUCCGGGAAGCAACUUUGGUGGUUUCGAUGCGUCUGGUUUCGCAACUCCCCCGCAAGGCAAUAUCUCACCCGCCCCCGUUGAACGUACUGCUUCGAAAUCGCCCUUCGAUGAAGCAGACACACGGUUCCCUGACAUCCAGAAUGCUCCCGCCCCUGGUGCCGGAGAAGGGGCAACCAAGGACCCAAGUUUUGACGAGCUCUUCGGUGGCCCUGCCCACCAACGAUCUCAGUCUCAGAAGGCCAACGACUUCGAUGAGGCAUUUGCUGCUAUGAAGCAGGGCGGUGCUGAGAAGCCCAACGGAGCUACGGGUGCGGCUCAAUCUGAGUUCCCUCCCAUCCAUGAGUUGGACGAUGACGACGACAGCACCGAUACCGAAGCUCCCAUGGGUUUCGAUGACAACUUCACACCGGUUGCUGCGCCCCAGGGUCAAACUGGCGAGACGGCUUUCCCUCCCCCUCCCGCAAUGGCAGCAGCUGCGCCUCAGCCCCCUCCCGCCGGAGCCCAGACUAGCCCGCCAACCUACGAUCAAUCUGUUCCUCACCAGGAGCCUGGUGACUUGCCGGCCGAGUACAAUGGCCUCCUGCCAAACCGCGAGGAUCCCACUCAUGCAGCUGAUGCGCCCCACUCGGUUGAGUCUAGCACCGGUGCACCUGUGGUUGGCGGAGAAGCCCAGCGAGACACGUCGAAUAAGCCGGGUGGAACCGAUUUUGACGCUGCCUUUGCUGGUCUCAACCUGGCGCCCGCAAAGGAAGCUGAAGAUGACGAGGAUGACUUCGAAGCAGAUGACCAGAAGAACAACACAAACUUUGAUUUCUCCUUCGACAACCCAUCUCAACAGAGAACCGCCUCCCCAAAUCCCAAUACCAACGUCGCUUCCUCCGAUUUCUUCAGCUUCGACAAUAACGUCAACGCUCAAUCUUCAGACCCAUUCUCCCAGCAGCCCACCACCACCUCGCCCAGUGGCGGGACCCCUAAACCCAACUCCCAUGAAUGGGACGCACUCUUCGCCCCGCUCGACAAUAUCAACCCUGAAGCUCCAGCUCCAGCCAACGGAGGGCAACAAGCACCCAUCGACCCAAAGGAGCCUGGAUGGGCCCUGCAAAAUGACACCGGGGAGGAUGAUCUGAUCCUUCAGCGGUUGACUGGCAUGGGUUUCCCGCGUAAUGAUUCCCUCGCUGCGUUGGAGAAGUUUGAUUACAAUCUCGACAAGGCUGUGGACUUCUUAACCUCCAAGGCGUAAUUAUUUCUGUGAUUUUUUAUCUUGUUUUCCCCUUACUAUUGCACAUAGUUUUCUUUUGUCUCUACGCUACGUUCCCUGAUAGGCCUACAAUCUUUGUAUCGAUUUCUUUUUUGCAUAUCUUCGUUGUAUAUUCCAUUGCGUUUCAUUUUUCUACUCCAACCACGCUAAGGUGUGCUGCUUUGCCCUAUCGUCAUCUCAUUCACACCGCUUCAUGUAAUCUAGAUCUCCCAAAGGCAGGGGAGAGGCGAGAAAAGGAAAGGAUAGGUGCCAGGGCAACCUAGUUUACUAUCCAGUCUAGCAGG